UCAGCGAAGAUGAUGUAUGUGUUUGCACACACACUUCUGUGUCUCAUUCUGUUGAACUUUCUGCCUGUCACUCAAGAAGAGGUUGUUGACAAAUUUGACACAUGUAAAGAUUUCUUUGUGAGCGCAUUCUUUCCAAAGAUUCCUGGCAUCCUUGAAGAUGGAACAAUUAAAAAUCAAAAUCGCUACAAGGCAAUAUGUCAAUAUUACAAUGGCAAAUACAGGUUUGCAACGCUCUAUGACACAGACAACAAGAUUCCUGUUUUUUCUGCUUAUAAAUUCACUGGCACAGAAAACACAGGUGCAAGAAGUGCAUACUGGUUUAUUGAGCCUCAGCUUGAUGAAUUACACACAGAAGAAAAUAAAGAGAUGGGAGACGAAAUCCGAACGAAAAUUUACCCUAAUCAAGCCACCGACGAAGAUUACAAGGAUUCAAGUGGAUUCGACAGAGGUCACUUAUUACCCCGGCAAUAUGCCACAGAUGAAAGCACUGCCGAAUCCACCUGUACACUUACAAACAUUGUUCCUCAGAAAAAAAACUUCAAUCAAGGCAGCUGGAGUAAAAUGGAGGAACAUGUUGUUAAGAUCAUGAUGACGGAUUGCAAAGAUUCACAAGCUUAUGUGCUGAUUGGUGCUGUCCCUGGUGAAGGCAAGCUGAAGAACAGAGUGAUCAUCCCAAAGAUGAUGUGGACGGCAUUCUGCUGCGAGACCAAGUCAGGGAAAUGGUUGUCAGGGGCAUACUGGGGUUACAACACUGAUGAACAGGCAAAUAUUCAACUGGAGCAAAAGUCAGUGAAUGAAUUGCAGUUAACGGAGGAUUUCAGCACAGGUAUUCAGAUAUUUCCGGAGCAAUGCCUCACAAUGUAG